GCCUUAUCGGUAUGGGUACCCUUUCGAGAUCAGCCUUGGCGUGGAUGCAAACGACAGAGUCGUGGACAACGCUGAGAAACACUAUGCGAUGGGACGGCUUGGCGCGCGAGGGAUAGCCGUCAUGCAGGACGGUUUCAAUGUAUACCUUUCUGGUGGAAAUGGCGGGCUAUACAGAUUCAGGCCGGAUAAAGGCAAUUUCGAUUCAGGCGAGCUGUUUGCCGCAGCUUUCACUUUCAGCGCCAACGUCACAACUGAGUUGACCAUCCAAGAGGGCGACACGUUCGGCAUCAAAUGGAUUUCCAUCGGACAGAAUGUUGCAGAAGACGUAGCAGAGCUCACCAGCGGAAACGAGGUCCUGGAGUUCACUGACAUGUUUAAGGACGACGUAGUUUCUGGAGCGAGCUGCGGUGCGGGCUUUCAACUCAUUACCUUGGGAGGCAACCGUGAGUGCCUGCGGACGGUCGACAAGAAGCUCGCCGCCGUGUUCGAGCCCGAACGCCUGGCGGCAAUGAACGGGGCGACGCUGGACGUCUUCAGGUUCUCCCAGAUGGCGACCAAGCUUGACGCCAAGCUGUUCUACCUGGCAGCGGAGGAGAUCCGCGGCGGCUCCCUGGACCUCAAGAGGAGGGGCAGCGUGAAUGUGGCGGCAAACCCGUGCGGCUGCGUGUUCGAGGUCACGAUCGACGAUGACUUCGUGGCGACGUCGAUGCGGGCGAUCAUGUGCGGCGACGACACUUCCGGCGUGGUGGCCGGCAACACGUGCAACACGGAGAAGGUUGCCAACCCGCGGUCGCUGACCUACGCCAACGAGUUCGAGAGCCUGCUGGUGGGCGAGGACACCGCGCACCACACCAACAACUUCCUGUGGGCGUGGGACCAGGAGACGGGCCGCGCGACGCGCAUCUUCCACGCCUCCCUGGACGGGGGGAUCACCAGCGUCAACUGGUUCCAGGACGUGGUCGGCGGCAACAACUACAUCGGCGUGACGAUCGCCGACCCCUUCGACACCUUCGGCUGGAUGUCCUACUUCGGGUCCUUCGACCUGAGCUUCAGCGAGCGGCAGAAGCUCACGCCCAGCGGCGUGGCCGUGCCGUACGCAGAGGGCCCCAGGGAGAUCCCCAUCGGCUUCAGCAGGCUGACGACCGGCACUGACGAGCUGUUGGGCGGCUGGACGCCGCUGUACCGGACUGGGCAGGAGAUCGAAAUCACGGGAGAGCCGAGGGAGAGCCUGGUGAUCGGCAGGCUCGUGGACGAGGACAACGUACCGGUGGACAGCUACAAAGAUGGCCCUGUGAAGCCUGAGCGCGUGGAGGAGCCAGACGAAUUCCACAAGCUGGGAUUCACAUCGCUGAUAGGGAUGUGCGAUCAAGUAUAUUCCGUCGCCGUGGUUGAUGCGUUGCCAGCCGUGAGCUAUGUUGUCACCCUCAAUGACAAUGGGACAGACCUGGAGGCGGUCUCUGCAAGCUACAUUGACUGGUCGCAGUGGGGCGGCCUGUGGCGGUCUGGUGGCGGUACUGUGACUCCAUGGAACACCCAUCUCGGCGGAGAAGCAUUCGAGCCAGACGGCAGGAAUUUCGUCGGCUUUGGAUGCCUGACCGGAUUCUCCAGCUGCUUCAAGUCCAGGGCGGAGCAGGAGUUCGACAACAGCAUCCAAUUCAUUCGAUACUUCAAUCGGUACAUAGACGACCUCGACAACAGCUUCCCCGCGCUGGCCGAGGCCUUCAAUCCGUAUCGCUACGGCUACGCCUACGAGGUCAAGGUGAACAAGUUCGGCUGCGCCGCGCCCACGAAGUACAUGACGCUGGGCCGCUUCUCCCACGGCGCCAUGCACAUCAUGCCCGAUGGGAAGACGGUGUACAUGACCGACUGGACGCGGGGCAGGGAGGUCGGCGGCGGCCUGUUCAAGUUCAUUGCCGACGAGGAAGGCGACCUCAGCUCGGGCACUUUGUACGCGGCCAAGUUCAAGGCAGUGAGGGGCAACCUCAAUAAGUACGGCAUUCGGUGGCUGGAGCUGGGAUCCGCCAAUAACAACGAGCUGGUGGAGAUGUCGGAGACGAUCACCUUCGAGGACAUGUUCAGCUCCAUACCGUCGUCGAAAAAGUGCACACUGCAGGUCGUGAACGUCAAAUCACAGGUGGAGUGUCUGGCGGUGAAGCGGGGCAUGGAGAAAAUGGCUGCGUUCUUCGAGACGCGGCGGUUCGCGGCCCUGCAGGGGGCCAGCGUCGAGUUGGCUAACACGCACGGCCUGACCUACGACCCCAAUUCCGGCAAGGUCCUCCUGUCCUUCACGCGCAUCUCCCAGAAGGAGAGGAUCAUGGUCCAGGACGACAUCGAGGGCUCCACCAACGACGUCAAGGUCGCGCUGGCGCCCUGCGGCUGCCUGUUCGCCAUGGACGUCACGUCCGACUACGACGUCACGGGCAUCGACCGCAUGUACUGCGGCGACGCCGUGGCGCAGGGCGAGACGCAGGACCAGAACACCUGCGGCAUAGAGCGCCCCGCCAACCCGGGCCGUCUGUCCGCGAUCCCCGGCCACGGCCUGCUGCUGAUGGCCGAGGACAACUGCCGCGUGGACAGCCGCGGGGUGGAGUGCGGCCACGAGAACGGGGUGGUGUGGGCCAUGGACUCGCGCCCGGGGCGGAGGGGGCGGCACGAGUUCACACGCGUGCUGACGGCGCCCGCGUUCGGGGCGGUGGCGGACACCGUGUGGUACCCGGACGUCCAGGGCAGGGCAUUCAUCGCUGCGACCAUCAACGAGCUGUACGGCAACAACGCCGUACGCCCGUACGACGAGACAGACCCGGCGGCCAUUUUCGGCUACAUCGGGCCACUGGCCGACGAGGAGGCUGACGCAAGGCGGGACGAAAUAAAGGCAGUGGAGCCCCGGUGCUACGAAGAGGAAGAAAACACUGGCGGCGCAGAAUUCCAGUGCCCCUUGGCCACAGCCAGGAGCUCCAAGGCGCCCAGGUCCAAGUCUCAGAAGUCCCCAAAGACACCCCCAUCCAGGGAAAAUGGGUCGUCGACGAAGAACUAA